AUGGCCCGAUCGACGGAGGAUCCGUUGAUCCGACCCUUACCGGCCCACGCAUCUCUCUCCUCGCAAGCACUCUAUUUCUUGAACUCAACCCUAAGCUCCAGGGAGGACCUCGAUGGAGCCCCGACCCUGCUGUCGAAGCUCCAGACCGAAUCCGACGACCUCGAUCGGACCCUCUCCGAACUCAACGAAGAGCUCCGGUCUCACUUGACCCGACACUCAUCGAAUUCGAACCUCGUUGGGUCGCUCUUCUCCAGUGUCCGCUCUCAGUUGGAUGACCUUCGCCUCAUCUCCACUCAAUCUCCAGCGGGAGGAGGAUCAAGGAGAGGAAUGGGAGAGGAGUUGCAGGCAUUGGCCAAGGAAGUCGCCAGAGUUGAAACUGUGAGGAAUUACGCAGAGACUGCAUUGAAGCUUGAUACAUUGGUUGGUGACGUUGAAGAUGCUGUGUCAUCCACUAUGAAUAGAACAUUGAAGAGGCACCCAUCAACAAAAAAUUUAGAAGAUAUGCGUGUAGUUGCUCUCAGAUCUCUUAGAUCAACGGAAGACGUUCUUUGUGCAGUUACAAAGACAUAUCCUCAAUGGAUCCGACUCGUUUCAGCUGUCGAUCAUAGAAUUGACAGAGCCUUGGCCAUUCUAAGACCUCAAGCCAUUGCUGAUCACCGUGCCCUUCUUGCUUCUCUUGGGUGGCCCCCACCUCUAUCAACCUUAAAUCCAUCAAAUCCCGAUACGAAAGGAUCAUCCGAAGUGCAGAACCCUCUUUUCACAAUGCAAGGAGACCUGAAAGCCCAGUACUGUGAAAGCUUCCUUUCACUGUGCGGCCUCCAAGAAUUGCAGAGAAAAAGAAAAGCUCGGCAGCUCGAGGGGCAUUAUGGGGAUAUCAACUUUCACCAACCACUUUGGGCUAUUGAGGAGCUCGUGAAUCCCAUUUCCAUCGCGUCUCAACGCCAUUUCUCAAAAUGGGGCGAAAAGCCAGAAUAUAUUUUUGCCCUUGUGUACAAAAUCACCCGGGACUAUGUGGACUCAAUGGAUGACCUACUGCAACCGCUUGUUGAUGAGGCAAUGCUGUCCGGAUACAGUUGCAGAGAAGAGUGGAUAUCGGCUAUGGUAUCUUCGCUAUCGACUUACUUAGCGAAGGAAAUAUUCCCUGUAUGCAUAGGCCAGCUUGAAACAGAGAGUGAUGAUAGUGAGGUCCAAUCACAAGGAAGACUAUCCUGGCUGCAUCUUGUGGAUCUGAUGAUUGCAUUCGAUAAACGAGUACAGGCUUUAGCUGCACACUCAGGAGUACUUCUUUCUCUUGAGGAUGAUGUCAAUGCACAAAAGAUGUCCUCAUUUAGUGUUUUCAUUGAUAGGCCCGACUGGCUUGAUUUGUGGGCUGAAAUAGAGCUGCAUGACGCGCUUUAUAAAUUGAACUCACAAAUAGAAAAUGAAAGAAAUUGGGUAGUUGAGGGCCAGAAAGUUGGUCUUGAUGAAAGGAAUAAAUCACCAUUUGUAUCAACAGUUGUAUUCAGAAGUCUCUCGUCUAUGAUCGAUCGUUGUCGGUCUCUGCCAAGUGCGUCUUUGAGGUCGCGGUUUGUUAAAUUGACAGGUGGACCGAUAAUAUGCAAGUUCUUGGAUUGUCUGAAACAGAGGUGUCAGGAAGCAGAGGGUCUAACUGCAUUGACUGACGAUAAUGCUGUUAUUAAAGUUGCAAAAUCUGUUAAUGCUGCUCGUCACUUUGAAUCUCUUUUGAAGGAACUCUGUGAGGAUGUGUUUUUUCUAGAAAUGGAAGCGAACGAUGAUGGUAUUUUUCAUGAUGAAAUAAAGAAACUGGAGGAAUUUAGAAACGAGUGGAUUGAGAAGCUAUCAACUGUCGUGUUGAGAGGUUUCGAUUCACUUUGCCGAGAUUAUAUAAAGAAUAAAAAACAAUGGCAGGAGAAAAGUGAAGAAAACUCGACACUUUCCCGAACUUUUGUGGAAGCUUUGGAUUAUUUGCAGGGUAAACUAUCGGUAAUUGAAGAAAAUUUGAACAGAACAGAUUUCACGAGGGUGUGGAGAAGUCUGGCUGCCAGUAUAGAUAAAUUGAUGUUUACGAGCUUACUGAUGGGCAACGUGAAGUUUCAUGAUAGGGGGGUCGAGAGACUUUGGAAUGAUUUGGUAAUUUUAUUCGGGUUAUUUAGGGCCUGGUGCUUGAGGCCCGAAGGUUUCUUCCCAAAGGUUAAUGAUGGUUUGAAGCUGUGGAGAACGGUAAAAAAGCAGUUGAAAAGUAUUUUGAUCGUGGAAGAAAGAUGGCUGAGAGACAAUGGGAUCACGCAUUUGAGUGUUGCUGAGGUAGAAAGGAUAAUGAAGAACAGAGUCUUCUCCAGUUGA